AUGAUCAAAAGCGGCGGCAGUAGUAGUCCUAGUUCCAACAGCACCUCUGCUACAUUUACAAAUCCAUUUAAAAAUAGUGAAGAAGUAGAAGAACCAGGAAAGUCAAAUACCGCGAGCAAAAGCGAGAACACCAACAACGACGAGAGCUUACCUACUCAAAACAAACCCAGCAGAAGACACUCGACCCUUCAUACCAGCAAGGGCGAGGAGAUCGAGACGCCAGAAAAUAAGGCUCUCACUGAUGGUGAAUCUGAGCCGGAUCCAGAUGUCGUCGAAACUGGUCCAGCUAAGAAAGGUGGUGGUCCGCGUAGAGGCAGCUUGGCUGGUGAGCAGCCAGAACACAAGAAUCCUUGGUCACAGGGUGCUUUUUAG